AUGGGAAUAGCUUUCAUCGCUUUCCAAGCGCUCCGUCAUAAAUACUCUGAACGUGAAACAGACAAGAAAGAUCAGUACGUUUCUGAUCGCCCUAUUAUAGUGGGUCCGUGGCAGGUUCAUGCCAUUAACGCACUUCCACUUCGAGCGCUGUCACGGCUAUGGGGCAAGAUCAACAACGAGUACACUUUGCCGGUUUUUCUAAGGGCUCCUUUUUACAAACUUUACAGUUGGAUAUUCAAUUGCAAUUUAGAAGAAAUUGAAAAUUCCGAUCUCGCGAGUUACCCAAACUUGGGUUCAUUUUUUUAUAGACCGCUGAAAUCUGGUUCACGACCCAUUGAAAAUGAGUUUCUUGUAUCGCCAGCAGAUGGGACAAUUCUCACCUUUGGGCUAGUAAAUGGCGGAAAGGUGGAACAGGUGAAAGGGAUGACCUACUCUCUGAAUUCAUUCUUGGGUCACAAGGGCAGGGAAGAUAUCGCAAUGGAAUCAGCGUUGCAUGUUAUCAGUAUGAACGAAGCAACGCAUAUCGCAGACGAAAAAGAGUUUGCAAAUGUCAAUGGGAUCACAUAUUCUCUGGAUUCGCUGCUGGGCGAUGAUCCUGCUGAAGCUGUGAAAAAUGAGAAUAUUGUCGGUGAUGUGUCAAUUCGAACUGAACCGAAUUAUGAAAAAAAAGAGCAAAUUGUCGCAAAGAGUGUGAGCAAGAAUUCGAUUGAUUCUACUCAUGGACAUCAAGUGAGUGAAGGAAAUGCACUGUUCUUUUGCGUUAUCUAUCUCGCCCCUGGCGAUUACCACAGAUUUCAUUCGCCAACGAAUUGGGUUGUCGAGUCGCGGAGACAUUUUGCCGGAGAAUUGUUCUCGGUUUCGCCAUACAUGUUGAAGUUGAUGCCUGAUUUGUUUGUGUUGAAUGAACGUGUUGCUCUGCUCGGAAGAUGGAGGCACGGCUUUUUUGCGAUGGUUCCGGUUGGGGCCACGAAUGUGGAUUCUAUUAGGAUUAACUUUGAUGAGACUCUUCGCACCAAUCAAAAAGAAGAUAUUGCGAGCGGAACGUAUACAGAGGCUUCUUACAAAAACGCCAGCAAACUGUUAUCCGGUUACCCGCUAAGAAUCGGAGAUGAGAUUGGCGGAUUCUGCUUGGGCUCCACUGUCGUAUUGGUGUUUGAAGCCCCCUUGAAAUUUAAAUUUUGCUUAGAACCCAGUCAAAAAAUUAAGUAUGGUCAAAAACUAGGGGUACUUUCAACUGAAUGA